AGGGACUCCAUUAAGCGCCUUCAAGACGGAUAUUUCUCUCGAGUCUCCCCUCGAGAGAGACGGUACGGAUUGCGCGAAGCGUCAGACUGGACAAUGGAUUAAAGAAUCGGGGAUGGAAACGCCAUCGGGAUUUGGCUGGCGGCGGCACGGGCUCAACUGAGGCACAUCCGGACCGGGCCGACCCGUUCCCGCCACGAUGGGGACCACCGAGGCCACGCUGCGGAUGGAGAACGUGGACGUGAAGGAAGAGUGGCAGGACGAGGACUUCCCGAGGCCGCUCCCCGAAGAAGCAGGGAUGGACUCCUUGGGCGGCCCGAACGAGACACUCGCUCCUCCGAACACGUUAAAUUUUAGUAACGGGGCGCAUCAUAAGCGGAAGACGCUGGUGGCCCCCGAGAUCAACAUAUCUUUGGACCAGAGCGAGGGCUCGCUCCUGUCAGAUGAUUUCCUCGACACUCCUGACGAUCUGGACAUCAACGUCGACGACAUCGAGACCCCCGACGAGACUGACUCCCUCGAGUUCCUCGGGAACGGGAACGAACUGGAAUGGGAGGACGACACGCCCGUGGCCACCGCCAAGAACAUGCCGGGCGACAGCGCGGACUUGUUCGGGGACGGGGCGGCGGAGGACGGGAGCACCAGCAACGGGCGGUUGUGGCGGACGGUCAUCAUCGGCGAGCAGGAGCACCGCAUCGACCUGCAGAUGAUCAAGCCCUACAUGAAAGUGGUCACCCACGGAGGUUAUUACGGCGAGGGCCUCAACGCCAUCAUCGUCUUCGCCGCCUGCUACCUGCCCGACAGCGGCCUCCCCGACUACCACUACAUCAUGGAGAACCUCUUCCUCUACGUGAUCAGUAGCCUCGAGCUGCUGGUGGCCGAGGACUACAUGAUCGUCUACCUGAACGGGGCCACCCCACGCCGGAGGAUGCCCGGCAUCGGCUGGCUGAAAAAGUGCUACCAGAUGAUUGACAGGAGAUUACGGAAAAACCUGAAGGCCUUGAUCAUCGUCCAUCCCUCCUGGUUCAUCCGGACAGUCCUGGCCAUCUCGCGGCCCUUCAUCAGCGUGAAAUUCAUCAACAAAAUCCAGUAUGUCCACACCUUGGAAGAGUUGGCCCAGAACAUCCCGAUGGAGCACGUCCAGAUCCCGGACUGCAUCCUACAGUUCGAAGAGGAGCGGAACAGGGCCAGGAAAGAAAGGGCGGAAGAGAAGCAGGAAGUGGCCGAGAGAGAGAGCUGUUUCCCUUUGUUUGUUUCCUCUUCCCAUCCAGGCCUGCGCUGCCAGCGGAGGAGCACGAAACAAGCAUGUCGUGAAGAGAGGCCGGCGGACGGAGAGGCGGGUCUCAUGUAUCCCGACCACUUGUAAAUGCCCUUUUCCGGUGUGUGGAAGACCUCCCGUGACCAUCUCAUCCUCACCACGUCAACACAGACGUCCCGGACAACCAACUUUGACGUCUCGGCUCUCUGUAUCUUGGGGAUUUGUUUUUACGCUGCUCGCUCUUCAAGGAGAUACGGGACGGUGAUGGACGAUUCCAUUCUUUUCCCGUUCUCAGUUGUCCAUGAAUAGAAAUGCAAAUAUCUUCGGGGAGGGAACCACGAGGAUGCCGGAAGACCUUGGACAAUCGUCUCCAAGGAUACCACUCAAGCUGCUAACACUUGAGGACACAUAUGUCCUUUAGCAAGCAAAAGAACGGGGAGGAAGAUUUAUCCGAACGGGAAGGAAAAAUAUAUCUAAUGUCACAACGAGGAAUCGAACGGACGUUCUGUAAAAUAUAUCACACUUGUGUAUCCUGCUCUGUUUUCGAAACACUCAGCCCAAGAGACGUUAAACCGUUGGGUGUAAGAACAUGGAAGCGUUGUGACGACCGUGCGGGGAAUCGGACUUCCCGCCUCUCACGGUUUCAUGGACACGCAAAAUCUUUUUCCGAAGCAGGAUUUGGAGACAGGCAUUGAAUUUAGAAUAACCGGAUCGGGCAUACGCAGACAACCCUGCAGGAAAGCACAAGUUUUACCUGUCUCAGGUGUGACAGGUGUGUGAUAGUAGGCAUGUGAAUACCUUAAAACACUCGCCAGUUUGAAUUCUACGUUGUGUCCGAGUUUUGAAGCAAUCGGUGACAUAGUUUGGGAGAUAUGAGGUCCCUCACAAACGGACAUUACAUGUGCAUGUGUGUGUAAUAGGCAUGUCCGAUCAAUGAAAAAAUGUUUCAAUUCUCGUUUCUAAAGUAGGGGGCGCUGGCGCUUCAAUAUAGAAAGUAUUUCCGAUUUUUUUCACCCAAAAAUUUCAGAUAUUUCCGAAAAUUCGUAAUGAUUCUAAAUGUUUCUAAAAUGGCGGACGCGCAUGCGCAAUCACUACACACCGGGCUUGUAUGGCCAUCUUCCUUGUGGACGGAGAGGACAUUAGCCCCCACCUUUGUGUCCAUCGUGGAAGCUUCUGAUUGGCCGGGGAGCGGCAGCCAUGUUAGGCUGCGCUAAGCUCCCAUUCAAGGUAGGUAGCAGAAAUUAAAAAAAAUGUAAAAAAAUAUUUUUAAAAAUAUAUUUUAAUUUUUUGGGGGGGGGGGGGAAUUAACGAAACAUUAAGAGACAAUUAGAGAAUAGGCCAAGAAUGGUUCGAAUUACAUUGCUGGUUGCGCUGUGAGACAAUGUCUCGGAAUGCGUAUCAAAAAGCGAGAACAAUCCGAAAUAAUUCCGAUAUACAAUUCAAAACGAUUUUUUGGACAUGUCUAGUGUGUAAUGUCCGUUUGUGAGGGACCUCAUAUCUCCCAAACUACGUCACCGAUUGCUUCGAAAUUUGGACACAACGUAGCAUUCAAACUGGUGAAUGUUUUAAGAUAUUCGCAUGCCUACUAUCUCACACCUGUCACACCUGGGACAAGUAUAACCAUGCCUCUUAGCUACUGUCGUAGCAGACGGCUCCUUCCCUUAACAACAGGUUGCUUCUCACGUGGACAAUAAUAUGUUCCAUGUGAGACUUGAAGGGAUUUGAAGUAUAGGGCCCAAACUACAAAGUCCAGCAUUUCAUACAACGAGUCUUUAACCUGCCUACGAAAUAUUGGCCAUUGUCAUAUUCUGACAACUUUGGUCGCGAUGGUCGCUCUAAGGGGCAUGGUUUUACCUGUCUCAGGUGUGAUAGGUGUGUGAUAGUAGGUAUGUGAAAAUCUUAAAUUCCAUAUCCGAUUGUACAAUUCCACGACCGUCAUAUCAACGCUUCUUCCUCUCCGAGAGACUUUUUGGGUGUAGUAUGUUACGUCGGAGAAGGGAUUACGUCGAAACAAAUCAUGUACAUACGUGUGCUCUCUUUGUAUAUUCCUCCUUGUUGACCGUAUAGCAUGCCGCUCUCUCUCUCUCUCUCCGAAAGCGAAUUUCCUUAUUGUCGAAAGAAGGCAUCAAAUCCAUAACGUUGAACCUCCUUCCGACCGAUCCGUACUUCUUCUUGUGUUUGUAUUCUCGGUGGUUUUAACUCUAGGGAGAUGCCAUUAACGCUCUAUGAUGGUUGUCGUUCUUUUCCUCCUUCUUGCGGGUAUUAUUUAAAUUAAAAUAUAUAUACGGAA